AGCCCCAUAGGGGCCCAAACCCAACUCCCAUCACCAAACCAGUGUUCCAAUCCAACCUCACCGCACGUUGUACUGUGUCUGUGUCACUCUUCCACUGCUCCGAAUGUCAGCUAACCUUCCUCUCCUCUUUCUCCUGAGGCAGAGGCACCACCAUUCUUUCAAUCUCCUCACUCUCUUCUCCUUCUCUCGCUCCCUCCAUUCUCCUCCUUCACCCUCCCAUUGCUACCAUUAUUUGACCCAGUUUCUCCCAUCUGGGUCACCCAAUUUCAACCCCCUCACCGUAAUCACCCCCAGGGAACGCCGCCUCGUGGUGGUGGGACUAACCCACAUCGUGAAAAGCGAUAACGCUUUCAUCUUGAAGGCAUUCUCCCUCCGUUUCUAUCCACUCUUCCUCGCCAAGAUCAUGGAGCUGUUGCAGACCCGGGAAGCCGCAUUUGCAUUCUUCAAAUUGGCAUUCGAGGGUGAGGGUGGUGGUGGUGGUCAUGAUUCAGAGGAGCUUGUUCGGUCGUGCUGCGAGGCGGCGCAUGUUCUGGCAGCUCAUGACCUCCAGCUGCAGGCCCAGGAUGUGGUUUCGUGGAUUUUCGCGAGAAUCGGUGCUGGUCGAAGCAAGGAGGUUGUGAAGUUCAUGUGGCAGAAUCACAAUGAGUAUGAGUCUGAUUUUUCUGUCUUGAAUACGUUAAUGCGGGGUUUUUUGAAUGUGGGCAUGAUUUUUGAGGCAUUGGAUGUUUUGCAUAGGAUGAGGGAUGUAGGAGUAAGGCCAAGCUUAUCUGCAAUUACUAUUCUUUUUAGGUUGUUGCUUAGGGUUGGUGAUUAUGGCAGUGUGUGGAAGUUGUUUAAAGAUAUGCUCCGUAAAGGGCCUCGACCUUCAAGCGUCACGUUUAAUGUGAUGAUUUGUGGGUUUUGUAGACAGCAGGGGCUUGUUGUAGGGGAGAGUUUGUUGCAUUUGAUGCCCAAGUUUGGGUGUGAUCCGGAUGCUUUCACAUAUAACAUUCUUAUUAAUGCUUACUGCAUUAAGGGGAAGACUUCGGUUGCGAUGGAUUGGCUGAAUAUGAUGAUGAAAAACGGUUGUGAGCCGAGCAUGGCCACGUUUAGUACCAUCACGCAUGCUCUUUGCAGGGAAGGAAACGUGAUAGAGGCAAGGAAGGUUUUUGAUAGAAUUCAGGAUAUGGGUAUUGCUCCAAAUACUACAAUAUACAACACGCUGAUGGAUGGAUAUGUGAAGGCGAGGGAGAUUGGUCAAGCUAACAUGCUUUAUGAAGAAAUGAGGGGGAAAGGUGUUUCUCCUGAUUGUGUGACUUUCAACAUUCUUGUUGGGGGGCAUUAUAAGUAUGGGAGAAAUGGGGAAUGGAACAGGUUGUUAAAAGAUUUUAUAGUAACAGGAUUUUUCCCUGAUUCUUCACUAUAUGAUGUAUCAAUAUCGUGGCUAUGUUGGGCUGGUAGACUAGAUGAGGCCAUGAAAUUAUUACAAGAUGUACUUGAAAAGGGACUAACUCUUAGUGUGGUUGCCUUUAACUCAUUAAUAGGAGCCUAUAGCAGGGCAGGUUUAGAAGACAAAGCUUUUGAAGCCUAUCAUAUUUUGGUUAAAUGUGGUUUUACUCCUUCAUCGUCCACGUGCAAUUCUUUGCUUAUGGGUUUGUGUAGGAAGGGGAGGCUGCAAGAAGCCAGGAUACUUUUGUAUAGGAUGUUAGAGAAAGGGUUUGCCAUCAACAAAGUGGCCUACACUCUGCUUUUUGAUGGAUAUUUCAAGAUGAACAAUCUGGAUGGGGCUCUAAAUCUCUGGAAGGAAAUGGAAGAAAGAGGAAUAUAUCCAGAUGUUGUUGCCUUUACAGCCUUCAUAGAUGGACUUUCAAAAGCAGGUUAUGUUGAGGAGGCGUAUGAAAAGUUUGUAAAAAUGUCAGCUAUCGGUUUUGUUCCUAAUAAUUUUGCAUAUAAUUCUUUGAUUGGUGGGUAUUGCAACUGUGGGAAGAUGCCUGAAGCAUUGAAGUUGGAGAAAGAGAUGAGGCUAAAAGGCCUUUUUCCCGACACCUUUACCUUCAAUAUCAUCAUUGAUGGGUUUUGUAGACAAGGAGAAAUGAAAUCUGCAAUUGACGAAUUUCAUCGCAUGCACCAGAUUGGUUUGAUGCCAGAUAUAUUCACAUUUAACAUAUUAGUUGGUGGAUACUGUAAGGCAUUUGACAUGGUUGGUGCAGUUGAGGUUGUUAAUAAAAUGUUCACAUGUGGGCUUGAUCCAGAUAUCACAACCUAUAAUACACACUUGCAUGGUUACUACCUUGCUCAUAAAACGAAUCGCGCAGUUAUGAUUUUGAAUGAGCUUGUCUCUGCUGGUUUUGUUCCUAACACAGUGACAUACAACAUUAUGAUAAAUGGUAUUUGUAGUGAUAUUUUGGAUCGUGCUUUGAUUCUGACUGCAAAGUUACUUAAGAUGGGUUUUAUUCCAAAUGUGGCUACAACCAAUAUAUUGUUGUCUCACUUUUGCAAGCAAGGGAUGCCAGAGAGGGCCUUACAAUGGGGUCAAAAGCUUAGGGAGAUUUGUUUUGGUUUUGAUGAAAUCUCCUAUAAAAUACUGGACAGAGCUGACCAUAUGGUGCAGGAUGAUGUUGAACUUGUGAGAGGAACAUAUGAAAAGGGCCUUUUUUUGGAUUUCCUAAUGUACAUUACAUUUGAUUAUUUUUCAAGAAAUAGAAUUCAUAACAUAGAGACUGAGAAUAGUCUAAGGUUGAUUGAAAGUCAAUUUGUUGCUUUAUGAACUCGAUUGCUACUUGAGCUAUUGCACCAAAAAGUGGUUACAAAAUGUUACAUGGCACAAACUGUAAGAAACCAGGGAAGGAUUGGCUACCUUUUUACCAGUCUGGAGUGCUGUUAUGUGUAUUUCUCAAUGAAGGGAAAUAACAGCUAUCCUUUUAAAGGACUGCAGGGGAAGGAUAGUUUUGCUUCUGAGAUUUUGAGACCUCAAUAACGCAAUCAGUCCGAAAUGUGGCUGAAGCUGCUGAAGUGCAGGUAAUGAAGAAUGUUCUAUAUAUGAAGACAAGGUGGCGGAGAAAAAUGAGGCGGAUGCCAAGGCAAUAAUUUUGAUGCUCAUAAGAGGAGAGAACAUCAAAAGAUUGAUUGUUAUGAGACAGAAAAGGUAGAAGCAAGAGAAAAUGAGCUGGACUCCGAGGAAAUGCUGAACGAUUGGGACUUGAGCGGAUGGCUACAGGCUAUCCUAAUGUUGUAUAAUCUUAAAUAAGCAGAACAAGAUGGAGACUUCAGUUUGAGAAUCUUGAAUACAAAAGCAAAGAUGAAGAAGUGGUUCAGUGUUUAUCAGUGAAAAAAUGAGCUACCCCUACCAUUAGGCGGAAAUAUGUUUUUGUUAAAGCUUUUGAUGUGGUUGAGAAACCUGAUAAGGAGAUAAAUAUGUUUCAGCCAGAAAUGGAAAUUUCACUCAAUUAUGAAGAAAUAGGCUGCAUUUCACAUUUAUAAAGUCAUAUUAUUGGCAGGUAGAGUCAUGAAGGAAAAUGAAAAUAAUCUAAAAAAUAAAUAAAUUAAAGAUGUCAAAGUUGAAGGAAAAACUAAAACUCUUAUUGUGCCUGUCCCUGAGGAGAUACUCCAAGUCUAUUAGUCAAUUGGCUAUGACAGUCCAUUUGGAGGAGUCAGGGUAGGUGCCUGAAAAAAUAAGUCAACGAUUUAGAACCUGUUUGGGUACUGGGUUGAAAGAUCUUGAGCCCGUUUGGAUGCGGAUUAAGAGCACUUAGUGGAGCUUAUCUAGUGCAUUUUUUUAGUAGAGAAGCUCCAAUAAGUGCUCUUUGGUCCGUAUCCUAAAGGGCUCCUUGUCUACUGGAAUAAGCACUUUUGAGAAGAUCAGUGAUGUUUGGGUAACUCUAUUUCAUUAGCUUUUGACUUCUGAGAAGCUCUUAAAAAAGCUUAUUUUGCAGCUCAUUUUAACAGCUUCCCUUCUCAAUUUGAGAAGCUGAACAUAAAAACUAGUUGGACAAAAUAACCUAUCAAAGCUGCAAAGUUACAACUCCUGUCCCAUUCUUACUCCAUGUGUUGUAAGUUGUAACAAAGAUGGCUCUCUGUAAACCCUAGCAAAGAUCCUUGCGUCGCAUUGCCAUUCACAUAGUUGUUGGCUGCAAGAGGUUGCAUUUCAUCGCUUAAUUACCUGAGAUCCUACCAGGUCUCUUUACUGCUCUUGUUUUGAUCUUUUUUCUCAUAUUAUUGCUUUUCUUUGGAAUCUCGAUGUUGGAGUAGCUUGAAUUGAAGUGGUUAAAGGUCUAGAAUCCAUCUAGUUUAGCGGGAAGGAGUAUCCGGAUCAGCCAGUUCUUCAUGCUAGUCUUGACUGGGUGAUCUUCAAUAAUGUUCUUACAUCAGACAGUUCUAUGACAGCAUUUUUAACAGAGUGAAAAAGUUUGGGUGGGUUCAGCUCUGGCCACCACCACAGGUCAGGGCAUAUCUCCGGGACUAUACGUUGCUUACAGAGAUACUUACCAAUCGCUCACCAACACAACCCUCACAUCGGCAGCAAAAAUUGAGCACACAACCUCUUGAGGGGGAAGGAGUCCGUCUUUACCAUCAGAGCCAGACAUGUGUUGGCAUUAUUCAUGUAUUCUUUAUAUUAUUUCUCUUUAACCAAAUUUGCAGCUGUUUCAUCAAAGUGAUGACUGGUGAACAAUAUUGAGAUCGAUAAUGCUUGUUCAGUGUUUGGAAAUUUUCAGAAUUUAAAAUAAAUCAUUGUAUAAUCAAGCAGUCUUUAGUCUAUAAACUUCUAUAAC